GUGUAUCUUAUAUCUCGUUCGUGUAUCUUAUAUCCUGUCCGUGUAUCUUAUAUCCUGUCCGUGUAUCUUAUAUCCUGUCCGUGUAUCUUAUAUCCUGUCCGUGUAUCUUAUAUCCUGUCCGUGUAUCUUAUAUCCUGUCCGUGUAUCUUAUAUCCUGUCCGUGUAUCUUAUAUCCUGUCCGUGUAUCUUAUAUCCUGUCCGUGUAUCUUAUAUCCUGUCCGUGUAUCUUAUAUCUUGUCCGUGUAUCUUAUAUCCUGUCCGUGUAUCUUAUAUCUUGUCCGUGUAUCUUAUAUCCUGUCCGUGUAUCUUAUAUCUUGUUCGUGUAUCUUAUAUCCUGUCCGUGUAUCUUAUAUCUUGUCCGUGUAUCUUAUAUCCUGUCCGUGUAUCUUAUAUCUUGUUCGUGUAUCUUAUAUCUUGUCCGUGUGGUGA